AUGAUUGGAAUUGAAAUAUGUGAUUUGAUAGUUUUGUCUGAAAACGUUUACGAAAGAGUUCAAGGAUACUGGUUCUAUGGGUCUCACAACUUGUGCAUCAAUAAGUAUAAUUAUUGGAACAUGUACCCAUUAUUUAUUGGAGAUUUUCUUCAAGCUGUUUUCGAAAAAUCAUCUUUCGGGCUUGGAGUAUUCUUAGCGUUUACAAGAUUACUUAUCAUGAAAGCCGGUGGAACGACGUUGAAAAUCUCUAAACCACUGUUCGGCUACUUUCUCAUACUGGUCAGUUUGAGCUCUGUUCAUAAUUUAUAUUAUUAUCGUGGAUACAGUAUCAUCCAAAUCGGUAUUUGGGAACCGGAAGAUACGUAA